AUGGGAGAAACUCUUCCAAGUGACACUGUCACUACUUGGAAUGAGUGCAAGAGAGCUUUCCUAGACAAGUUCUUCUCUACUUUAAGGACAUCUAAGAUCAGGAACGAAAUCUCUGGUUUUCAACAGAAAGGUCUAGAGAGCUUCAGUGAAGCAUGGGAGAGGAUCAAGGGCUAUUGGGCUCAAUUCCCUCAUCAUGGUUUCAGCAAGGAGAGUUUGCUUAGCACCUUCUAUAGAGGAGCUCUACCACAGUGCAGAAACUGGCUUGAUACUGCCAACAAUGGUUUCUUCUUGGGAAGAACUGGGGAAGAGGCAGAUGAACUGGUAGAGAACAUGGCCAAGAUUAACUCAGUCUACAUUGAGGAGCAUGAUAGGAUCAACAGAAGUGAUGAUCAACAGACAAAGAAAGAGCUGAAGUCUCUCCAAGCCAAGUUGGAUCUACUUUUUGUAGAAAAGGCUAAGCAGGAGAAGAUGAACUUUAUUGGUGACCAGAAAAAAGAGGCACCUCCAGUGAUCAAUGAGGUUGAUGGUUUAGAAGGUCAAGAGGAGUUGUGCUUCAUCAAUGCCAAUGGCACAUGGUACAUGAAAGAGCCCAAUUUUCAGUACCAAAACAACUCUCAGCAAAGGCCUUACUACAACAAUCAACAAAGAGGUUACCAAGCCAAGCAGAACUAUCCUCAAGCCAACCAAUCUCUUCAAACUCAAGAAAGCUCUUUUCAAGCUCAAGAUCCAGAUUCAAGUGUGGAUUAUAUGUUCAAGCAACUCUUUGAAUUUUAG